AUGAGCCUAGCAGCAAGGAAGGUUUCUAAACAAGGGACCAACAUGCCAAAAGCAAUGUUUAAGGAAAAUCCGGCCGAACUGCCGAAUGAACUGGAAUUUUCUUGCCCAGUCCAUUCAUGGAGCACCGGAGAGGAUGUGACUGGAGAUAUUCUGAAACACAGGGGCCUGACAGAUGGCUGGAGAGGCUGGACGGUGUCCUUGAAGAACGGCAGCCAGUGGGCGGAGCUGGCGGGCCACGAUUACGUGCUGGAUCUGAUCUCGGACAUGGAGCUCAUCUGGGACUUCCCCAAGCAGAAGUCGUACUUCAUCGUCACGUCGGAGGGAGCCGAGAAGGGCAGGAGCAGCUCCAGAAUGGUGUUCGGAAAUAACUGGGACUCAGAUGAGGAGACACCAGCCCUUCCCCGGCAUAGAGGGCGCUCCAUUGGACCACAAAACUUCCCGACUCAGAGAGUUAUUUCCGUCACGGUGAGCCCCUUCGCCAUUCAUCCACAAUGCCGCCAGCUUCAGGGAGCAGCUGCCCCCCAGAAGGGCCUGGAUCGCUACCUGGACAGCCUCUUUGACCCGGUGCUGGCUUAUGGAAACACGGAUCUGGAAAAGCCAGCUGCCAUCUCCUAUAGGAUGAAAGGGGGAGGCCAGCCCAAAAGUGAGGAGGAGCCAGCUGGGCCCCCUAGAACGCCCCCAAGACUCAGGUCAGUAUUACCUUCUAAUCUUUCCCCCUCUCCGCCCUUUGGUGGCCAGUACCAGACCUUCUGGGUCUUCCUGGAUGCUGAGAGCAGACUACACUGGGGUGGAGUCCCAGGUCUGGACUCCUCCACGUUGGCGCUACAGCAAGCCUUCAUCCAAAAGCAGGCCGUGCUUCUGGCAAGAGAGAUGACUUUACAGGCCAUGGCCCUUCAGCAACAGCAGCAGCCGCCACCGCCAGAUCCAGGCCCCUCUGUGGCGCUUCCUCAGCCCCCCUGGGAGCCUCCCCCCAGCCUCUGCCCCCCCAAAGGCCUCUGGGGCCGCUAUCAGGGCUCAGAGAUGUUCCUGGGGAAGGGAAUGCUCCAUUGCUCCUUUUCCCAGAAGCCCCAUGGGGCAGACGGUCCUCUAAAGGCCAAGAACAGAAGUCCCCCAGCCAAGCCAGUGCUGAUUUAUGCAGCCCCAGCGCUGGGAGAUCCUGGAGGAGUCGGCUUCCAGCCCAAGGCCUUAGUGUCUGGCUCUCCUUCAAAGCCUAGGGGCUCCGUCCCCCCUGUUAAACCAGUGGCCACCCCUGUCCGGGUACAGGAGCAGCAUUCUUCUUUAAGACCCUUCUCCCCCUCCCCGGAGCUGGUUCGCCACUCCAUCCUCAACUCGGAGCACUUCCCGCAGCCCACUCAACAGAUCAAGGCCAUCAUCCGUCAGUGCCAGCAGCCGCCUCGAGCACCAGACGGUCCUCAGGAAGGAGAGUGGGAAGGUGUUUGUGAAGAAGUCCGAUCCUCACGAGGAGGCCCUCCUGAUCCUGAAGGAGCAGAUGAUCCACGCGGCCCCCCGUCGGCCUGGGAGCUCAAGGGCCCCAGACAGACGGUGGCCUUGGUGAAGCCUGUGACCAGCGCUAGGCCCCAAGGCCUCGCCCCAGCUGCCAAGCCUCUCACGUCAGCCUCCAGGCCCCCCCUGGGCACUCACCCAGCUGAACAGGACGUGGAAUCCAAAAUUCUUAAUCCUCUCCCCUUAAUCUCCCCCAAUCUCAGCCUUCACAUAGCUGUCUCAAGGGCAAUUAUUCCAGCAGAGGACCCCAUCCAAACACAGCUCCAUCGCCAGAGCAAUGAGACGUUCUAUGCCUACCAGGGAGUGCCCUGGAAGAUAUACCUCCGGAAAGAGGUGUUUUAUCCCAAGGACAGCUUCAAUCACCCAGUCCUCCUGGACCUCCUCUUCAGACAGAUCCUCCAUGACACUUUCUCGGAAGCCUGCAUCAGAAUCUCGAAGGAAGAAAGGAUGAAGAUGAAAGCCAUUUUUGUCCAGAACAAAUUGGAUUCGCUACAUCCCGUGGUGAACGAGAGUAUCAAGAGGGCUGUCAUCAGUGAAGCUCGAGAGGGCUGGGAAGUCUAUUUCUCCCGCCUCUUCCCAGCCACGGGCAGUGUGGGCACAGGCGUGCAGAUCCUGGCGGUGUCUCACAUAGGCAUCAAGCUCCUUCGUUUGGUUAAAGGCAGCUGGUCAUCGGGGGAACAGCUUCGAGUCUUACGAAGCUACAGCUACACAGACAUCCUCUUCGUGACCAUCCCCUCCGUGAACAUGCUGGAAUUCAACCUGGCCGGCGAGAAACUCAUCCUCUUCUCCGCCCGGGCGCCCCAGGUGAAGACUAUGGUGGAUGACUUCAUCCUGGAACUCAAAAAGGAUUCGGAUUACGUGGUUGCUGUGAGAAACUACUUACCGGAUGACCUGAAUCUCUUGAGCUUCCACAAGGGUGACAUCAUCCACUUGCAGUCUUCAGAGUGGCCUGAGAGGGGUUACAACUAUGGCUACGUCGUCAGGAAGAAGGUUGUCUAUCUGGAGGAGCUGAAGAGAGGCACCCCGGACUUUGGAUGGAAGUUUGGGGCCAUUCAUGGGAGGCCCGGCCGAUUUCCCAUGGACCUGGUACAGCCUGUAGCUGCCCCUGACUUCCUCCAGCUGCCCUCAGAGCUGGACAUGGGUGGACCUCGGGACCAAUCGGGCAGGGCAGCUGCUGUGGCUGUGGCGGUGGCUUCUUCUACGGUGGCCCAGGAGUUCGGCAGGAAGACAGAGGGAUCUCUGGCUAGGGACAUCUCUAGGGAGUAUGGGGAGGAAGCAUCCCGGCAGGAGGUCUGUGGGGCAUCUCUCCUCCCCAGUCAUCAGUACACAAUGCUGGAGUUUGCUCAAAAGUAUUUCCGGGAUCCACAAAGGCGAUCUAUGGAUUCUUUCAGGCAGAAAUCCAAAAAAGGAAGGGAAUCCAGAGAUGUGAGCAACAUGCUGAAAUUCUCCAAGACACCAAUCCAGGAAUCCCUCAUCGAGUUCAGCACCAGCAGCCUGAACAAAAUUGCCACAGAGAUGUUCCUAGCUGUGAUGAAGUUCAUGGGUGAUUUCCCGAUGAAGGCCCAGACCGAACUGGAUGUGCUGCGCUCCUUCUUACAGCUCUGCAGGGACCCCGAAGUGCUUCGAGACGAAGCCUACUGCCAGGUCAUCAAGCAGAUCACGGAGAACACCAGCACCAAGCCGGACAGCUGCCAAAGAGGCUGGAGGCUGCUUCACAUCCUGGCAGCUUACCACAAGUGCUCGGAUGUCCUGAGGCCGUACCUCUUCCGGUUCUUUCAGGAUGUGUGCAGGAGUCCAGGCUUACACUUCCAGGGGAUUGCAAAGGCCUGCGAGCAGAACCUUCAGAAAACCUUCCAGUUUGAUGGCCGAAGCGAGCUUCCCAGCAACAUGGAAUUGAGGGCCAUAUUGGCGGGACGGAGCUCCAAGAGGCAACUGUUUCUCCUUCCUGGAGGGCUUGAACGACACCUGAAGAUCAAGACCUGUACGGUGGCCCUCGAUGUCGUUUCAGACAUCUGUCUGGAGAUGGGCCUGACGAGGGCCGAGGCCUUCACUGAAUAUGUGAUCUUUGCCAUCACCAACCACGGCCAGAACGUCUGUCCCUUGAGUCGGCGGGACUACAUCCUAGACGUAGCCUCGGAGAUGGAGCAAGUGGACAGCGGCUACACCUUCUGGUACCGGCGCAUCCUCUGGGCCCAGCCACUCAAAUUUGAAAAUGAGCUUUACGUCACCAUGCACUACAGCCAGGUCCUGCCUGACUAUCUAAAGGGCCUCUUCAACAGCUUUCCCACGGAGCAACCCAGUGAACAGCAGCGACAGCAAGUGUCCAAGCUAGCUGCCCUCCAGCAUCGCGCCAAGGACGGGGUCUAUCUGCCCAGCGUCCGGGAGGCCCAAGAGUACAUCCCACCCCAGUUCUAUCGCUCGAUGAAGGGCCAGGCCUGGCUGAACCUGGUGAUCCAGCACAUGCAGCAGAUCCAGGCCCUGAGUCCUCACCAGGCCCGAGCCCAGUUCCUUGGACUGCUCAGCGCCUGUCCCAUGUUCGGCUCCUCCUUCUUCUUCAUCCAGAGCUGCAGCAACAACACGGUGCUGGCGCCCUGCAUCCUGGCCGUCAAUCAGAACGGCCUCCACUUUCUCCAGAAGGAGAGCCACGAGCUGACGGUGAAAUUUCCUCUGAAAGAAAUCCAGUCCACACGAACGCAGAGGCCCACGGCUGGCUCCAGCUACCCCUACGUGGAGAUCACGCUGGGGAACCUGACUGUGCAGCGCAUCAUGCAGCUGCAGCUCGAGCAGGGCCUGGAGCUGUGCCGAGUUGUGGCUGCACAUGUGGAGAGCCUAUUGUGCGCCCGAGAGAAGCGAUUCACGCUGCCUCCUAGUGAGAUCACCCUGCUCUGACUUGUUGCAGUAUCUGCUUCUUUCCUUGGCCAUUGUUGCUGCCCAGCCAACUUGACCCAGAACCUAUGGAAGACCCUGGACAGGUCAGGGAGUGACGCUGUGCACGCAGGAGGCCUCCAGUGCUGUACCCCAGGGACCUCUGUCCAGCCUUGUGCUGGGUACCAUUUUGUAGUGAUGUGGACAAAGGCCUUCAUAGGAGGCCCAUCAGAUCUUCAGAUGAAAGCAGAUUCAGGGAAGGAAUCAACAAAUAAAUGACAGUGGCAAGAUCCAAAGAGUUCUAGAAGACGUUGGACUGAAUCUAAGGGGAUAAAAUCCAGUGGAGAUAAAUGAAGAGUCCUCAGCGUCCUUAGCAGAGUGCACAAGAACCGUGUUAGACGGCGGUGUUCCAAAAAACGAUCGAGGAGACUAUGAGUCCAGCAGGAGGCAGUCGCCUGAGAUAACAGCCAAAAGAGCGAAUGUGUUCUAGAGCAACAUUAAGGGAAGGAUAGCUCCCAAGGGAAAAAGAGAGAGGUGAUCAUCUGCUGUGACCAGACCACGUCGUGUAAUGUUGUGCUCAGUUCUGGGAUCCAUUUGGAGAAAACAUGGAAAAGGCUAGAAAGCCUCUAGAGGAAAAUGAUACUGUUUAGGAAGCCUGCUUCCUUCCAAUAUUUAUCAAUAAAGCCAUGGCUUUGCCCAGCCUGGGAGGAAAACAGACCCUGUCAUCGCUGUCUGUUCUCUAGCCACAAAUCUGAGCUCUUCCCUUGCAAGGAGCAAAGGUAGCGUAUAGACAAGAGAAUAGAUAGCUCAGAGAGUUUUAGAAGGCUCUGGGUGCCUCUCAGGGCCGGGGCUAGUAAAGGGCUUUGAGUCCAUGUCAAAGGGAACCAGGGAGGUUUGCCUGGAGAAGCUAAGAAUUUGGAGGGCUGUCACAUUUAAAAAAAAAAAAGAUUGAAGCUUGUUCUCUGUUCCCCAAAGGCAUGAUAAGAAGCAGCGGCUGGACAAUAUAGACUUGAUGUCAGAGAAAAUCUAACAAGUAGCGUUGUCCCAAAGUAGAAUAAGCUGCCUCUAGAGGCGGUGGGUUCCACCUCCUUGGAGAUCUUCAGGCGGAGGUUGGGGGGCCCUUAUUGGCUAUAUUACAGUAGAGAUGCCUUUUCACAUAUCGGUUGUAUUAAAUGGCCACCGAGGUCCUUUCCAUCGAUGAGCUUCUGUUCAGUCAUUGCUUCUGCAGUUCUUCCCACACAGUUCUUCAGAGAGCUUGGCUCUUCAACAAGUACUGGCUACGGAUGAUCAGAGGAGGAAUCCCAAGAACCAGGGAGAAAGGACUUUCCUUAAGAGGCAGGAAGAGGAACGACUGAGAUGGACUCAAGAGCCAAGCACCAUGUUGUGCUUGAACCAUGAUGAUGGUACCAGGCCAUAUCCUGACACCCUCCCUGAAGGACCUGCAGGGCUGGAGAGGGCUAGAUAGAGAGAACGAUGAAAGGAGGAGGAAAUCGGAAUCAUUCAGGGGAGGCUUGAGAGAAGAGAGCAAGAACUAAGCACCAAGCUGUAGUGGGAAGAUCAGUCACUCCAUCAAUGGACAAGCAUUUAUGAAGCAUCUCUAUGGACCAGGCCCACGAGAGAGGGUUUAAUCCUGAAUGUCUGCCCAGCCCAGCCUGGGAGGAAAGCAGGCCCUACCGUUGCUGUCUGUUCUCCAGCUAUAAAUAGGAGCUCUUCCCGGCCCAGGAACAAAGUCCCUGUGUAGACAAGAGAAUAACUCGGAUGGUUUUAGAAGAGUCUGUGGCUCUCAGGGCUAGGACUAAGCAUGGAGAGAACAAGGAGAGAGUAACCCACAGGCUCGUUCAACUUCAAAUAGUUCGGGCAAAGAAAAGGCCAAACAGGAAAUAUAGGGAACGGGGCAGCCCAGGGAGCUGGAUACAUGGACUCCAUGCUUUGCUCCUAAAGCAACUUCCCUGAGCACAGACUGAAUAAAAGCCAAGUUAGUGGACUUCUGGACAGAGGCCGAAGUCUGUGCAGGAAGGUCCCUGGACCCUUCCUCGUUUUGUGCACUCUUCUCACCAUCUUGUCUUUCACCUCCCAUGUACACUUUGGUGACCUUCAUUUCUCUUUGUAAUUUUGUGUGAAAUAAAGGCAAGCUGGCCAUUGUGGCCCCUCAGGAACUGGGAAAA